UGCACGAUGAAUUGUUUUCCAGAAAAGGUGAUGGCAACAGUGGUAGCAAUAUUCCUUCUUGUGGGUGGAAUACAUAUUCCACCAACUUCUGCAUCUCUUCCUCAUGGUGGUCGGAAGAGUUUGACGCUUGAUGGCUCGACCAAGACAGUACCAAGAUUACAGGGCAGCUUUGAAGGUUUACACUAUGCGUCGUCGUUUUCCAGCAAAGGUGAUGGCAACACUAGUAGCACUACUCUUCCUUCUUGUGGGCGAUAUUCCAUCAACUUCUGCAUCACUUCCUUAUUAUGGUGGUCGGAAGUGUUUAUCGCUUGAUGUUUUGACGAAGGCAAUACCAAAAUUAGAAGGCAGCUUUGAAGGUCUGAAGAUCAAUAGUAAGAAAAUAGUUUACUUCCGGAGCCUACGAAAAAGAGGUCUAUUGCCGCCACCUUCACCGGUCCGAAACCGGCCAAUAUCAUGGAAGAAGCCCGAGCCCGCACCUCCGCCGCCUCAGAUUGUAUGAUUAUCUAUGUUUCUGACUUUGUUCUCUGGAUGGGAUUCCCGAAAGGAAAGUCAUGUUCAAACUUGGUGGCUCACA